UUCAUAAAAUUUUCAUAUGACUUUUUCUUUAACCAAAUUGAGAGUUCCCAGACUUCUUUAAGAGAAGUAAGAAAAACUUGUCUGAUCUUCUCUUACAAGGUUCAUUUGAUAAACUCACUUGGUUUCGUCAACACUGGGCUGCAUCAUUGUUGAAGAAUUUAACCUGUGAACAAGCCAAUUGCAAAGAUAUGGUGGAUGCAGUAGUAUCCGUUUUCUUGGGUAACCUGCUUAAAGCUCUUUCAGAAGAGAGCCGCAUUUUGGUUGAAUUCAGAGAUCAGUUUGAAAAAUUACAGAGUGAACUCCUAUUAAUGCAAGGCUUCCUCAAAGAUGCUGACAGGCUCAAAAGGAAGCAGCAAGUCCUUCGUACGAUCAUGGUCAAUUUGCGAGAACUGAUUUUUGAAGCUGAAGACAUACUAGCAGAUUGCCAACUUCAGUCAAGGGAUAAUGACCCCUUUUCCGCUGGUUGGUUUAUGUGCAUCUAUCCUAAAAAACUGCCAUUCCAGUAUCAGACUGGAAAGCGCCUUAAAGAAAUCAACGAGAAAAUUAUCGAAAUCAAGAAAAACAUUGGACCCUAUCUUGGAGUAUCAAUUUUGAACCAACCAGACCAAAAUGACUUGUUUCCUAGAUGGAGCUCUCCUGUGUAUGAUCAUACACAAGUGGUAGGAUUGGAAGGUGACAAAAGAAAGAUAAAAGAUUGGGUAUUUAAUGCAGAUGAAGGCAUACUGGGAAUUGGAGUGGUUGGUAUGGGUGGGCUGGGAAAAACCACUAUUGCUCAUGAAGUUUUCAAUGAUCGAGAAGUAGAGGUGCACUUUGAAAGAAGAAUGUGGGUUUCUGUUUCCCAGACUUUUACUGAAGAACAAAUUAUGAGAAGCAUGUUGAGGAACCUGGGAGAUGCAAGUUCGGGAGAUGAUCGAGGUGAAUUACUGAGAAAAAUAAACCAAUAUCUCAUAGGGAAGAGAUAUUUGAUUGUAAUGGAUGAUGUGUGGAGCGAGGAUGUUGCUUGGUGGCAAAGAAUUUUGGAAGGAUUACCUAAAGGAAAUGGAAGCACUGUUAUUAUUACUUCAAGAAAUGAGAAAGUUGUACGAAAGAUGGGAGUAAAGGAGGACAAAAUCCAUUGGCCUAAAUGCCUUAGUGGGUCUGAUAGCUGGUUACUCUUUCGAAAGAUUGCAUUUGCAGCCAGUGGUGGUGAAUGUACAUUCCAUGAGCUAGAGAAUAUUGGGAAGGAGAUUGUAGUGAAGUGCAAGGGUCUUCCAUUAGCAAUUAAGGUAGUUGGAGGAAUGAUGCUUUGUAAACCGCCUCGAUAUCAUGAAUGGAAGCGGAUUUCAGACCAUUUCCGCAAUGAAUUAGCUGAAAAUGAUGAUUCUGAGAGUGGAUUGAGGGCUACACUACAAUUGAGCUAUGAUGAGCUCCCGUCUUAUCUGAAGUCAUGCUUCCUUUGUUUCUCUAUUUUCCCAGAGGAUUGUGUCAUAGGCAAAGAUCAAUUAGUCCGUUGGUGGAUUGGAGAAGGUUUUGUCCCACUAAGGGGUGGCAGAUCAACAACUGAAGCAGGGGAAGAUUGUUUCUCAGGUUUAACAAAUCGUUGUUUGAUUGAGGUUGUUGAUAAGACUUACAAUGGGACUAUUUACAAUUGCACAAUUCAUGAUAUGGUUCGUGAUUUGGUGCUAAAAGUUGCAGAAGAUGAUGCAUUCUAUAAUGAAAAUGGUUCAAGUUGUCGUCAUUUGGGGAUCCAAAAUGAUUUAGGCCCAAAGCACCUCAUUGCCAAUCAAAAGUUGCGGGCAUUGUUGUCCACAAAUAAGACUGCUGAAGUAAACAAGAUUGCAUCAAGCAUGGCCAAAAAAGUUCACGAGUCUCGGUACUUGCGGGUAUUGGAUGUUUCCAGAUCAAUCUUUGAAGCAUCUCUCUCAGGUAUAUUGAAUCAGAUUGGUUCCCUUCAGCACCUAACCUACCUCAGUUUAAGCAACACUCAUCCACUGAUUCAACUCCCACCUUCACUUGAGAAGAUCAGCCACCUUCAAAUUUUGGAUGUGAGUUAUUGUCAAAAUUUGAAAAUGCUUCCAUCUUAUAUUGUGACUUUUAAGAAGCUCAAGGUUUUAGAUGUAAGCCAUUGCGGUUCACUUGAAUGCUUGCCCAAAGGCUUGGGAAGGCUUUCAAACCUUGAGGUAUUGUUGGGGUUUAGACCUGCCAGAUGUAGUCAAUUAGAAGGUUGUCGCAUUGGUGAAUUAAGAAAUUUGACUAAACUCAGGACAUUGGGUUUACAAAUAACUCAGGCUGAUGAGAUUGGAGACAAUGAGGUCAAUGCAUUGAUAAAUCUCCAAGAACUGCAAUAUUUGUCAAUGAGUUGCUUCGAUAGUCAUGGUAGUGAUCUGAUUACCAAGGUCGAUAAACUCUUUCCUCCACAGCAACUCCAUGAGCUGUGUCUCAAAUUCUAUCCAGGAAAGAUGAGUCCAAUGUGGCUCAACCCCAUAUCACUUCCUUUCUUAAAGUUUCUUUCAAUCUCCUCUGGUGAUAUUGCAGAGAUGAAUCAGAGAUUUUGGGGGGAUGUUAAUACUGUCUGGAAGAUUGAGGCUUUGAUGUUGGAAUCUCUCUCGUAUUUGGGAGUGGAAUGGUUGAUGGUGCAACGAGUUAUGCCUUCAUUAAGAGUUGUGAAUGUGAGUUGGUGUCCGGAGUUGGGAUCUUUCCCAGUUGAUGAUUUUGGCUUUAGAGGUGGCGUUUGGAAGAAGGAAGAGCACAGAAGCUAAAACAAUGACAAACGUGAGGAGAAAUAAAUUUGAUGUAAUUUUUUUUUUUUUUUUUAAUCAUGCCAUUGUAAAAUUCUUGUUUCUUAUUAUAUGUAAACAUGGAUAUCAUUUAAAUUCAGCAAUUGAUGCCAUUCAUUAAACUCUUAG